UUUUUAUUAAAUUUAUUCAAUGCCUCCAACAUCCACCCAUGAUUAUUCUUCCAACACUGUUUGUGUAAUGGACACUUCCAGCCACCUUGGCUCCUCCCUCGUCCACCAUCUCCUCUACCGUGGCUAUACCGUCCAUGAUGCCAUCCACACACACGGUCAGCUCCCUUCUCAAAAAUUGAGCUCCAACAACAAUAAAUUGAAAGUAUUUAAAGCAGAUCCCUUUGAUUAUCAGAGCAUAAUGGAUGCUUUGAGGGGAUGUUCAGGCUUGUUCUACUCGUUUGAGCCUCCACCUGAUUGCUCCACCUAUGAUGAAUUAAUGGCGGAAGUAGAGGUGAGAGCAGCUCACAAUGUGUUGGAAGCAUGUGCACAAACUGAUUCCAUCGACAAAGUGGUUUUCACUUCAUCUCUCACAGCUGUUAUAUGGAAUGACCACCCUAAUACGCUGUCGUCUGAUCUUGAUGAAAGGAAUUGGAGUGACAUUAAUUUUUGCAAGAAAUACAAGGCAGUAUUAUUUUCUUACUUUUAUUUUAAUUAUUAUAAACUUAUUUGAUAAAUUUUAAUUGCU